AUGGCCAACUAUGGCGCGGUCGCUCGGCGGCAGCGCUCGGCGCCCGCUCUAGGUUCUGAGCGCCAACCGCUCCUCCCCUCCGACUCUUCGAACUCUUCGACGACAACGGUUAACGACCUGAAUGACCGGAAGAACGCCAAUGGACACGCACAAGCGAGCUUCUUCACCCGCUUCAUGGCGCACCCUCGAGUCGCGCCCGACCCGGAGGACCGCCUGUUCAAGGACUCCGACGAGGAGACGUGGGCGAGCGCUCAGCUCGGUGCACCCGACAUGGUCGCUUCCAAUCUCGUUAUCACCUUGUCGACGGCAAUGCUUGACGCAGUUAUGUAUCGGCUGUACGGCACAUUCGCGACGAACCAGACGGGCAAUACGGUGUUCCUGACCCUCGCGGCGCUGCACUGGGGCACGUCAAAGCUUAUCCUAGCGAUCGCAUCUCUUGGCGGCUUCUUCGGCGCUGGUCUCAUUAUGGGCCAGCUCGGCGCCCGCUUCGGUGAGUCACCGCUCCACUCAUCGCCGUGUCUCGCGAUGUCUCGUGUUAUCUCACAUGGACAUCCCGAGGCACCCGGUCUCGGCGCCGGACGCGAUGCUAACGAUAAAGGUCACCGCCGACGUUGGUGGGUAGUCACGACCAUGACGUACCAGUGUGUGAUCCUUCUGAUCUUCACCUGGGUGGUGUCUCCGUACGGUCCUCGAAUUAUCGCUCCUGGGGGACAGUUCGAAUGGGUCGGCAUGCUUCUGAGUGCGAUCCAAGGUGGUCCGCAGGUCGUGAUGGCGACCAACCUUGGCGUGCCGGAGAUGCCGACGGCAAUGGUGACGAGCGCGUACGCUGGCCUGAUCAGCGACGUCAAGCUCUUUUCGCGCGGCUUCAGCGUGCCCCGCGACCGCCGUAUCGUGUACCUCAUCACAUUCUGGAUCGGCUCCUUUGUCGGCCUGGGUGUCGAGCAGGGCACGACGGCGUGGUUUGCGUCUUUCCUCAGUGCCGUCCUCAAGCUCAUCGCGCUGUGGAUGAUCGUCCGCGCAAGACCCAGCGGUGUCAGCGGCAGCGCCCGCGGAUGA